GAAGAAAGAAGAAGAAGAAAAAAAAAGGGGCUGGAAAAGUAACAACAAAAAGAAGAACGCCCCAGUAACGUUGACUCUACAUCUGGAAUGCAGGUUGUUGGCGACAAAGUCCUCCCAGAAGAAUUAGGGAAGCAGAGGCCCAACGUGUGAGGACACGCUGAGUGAGUCCACAGAGGGGAACCGCGGGCUAACAGGAUGAGUGGAGCCGUCGUGGACACGAGCACGCUCUACCUCUUUGAUGUCGACGGGACGCUCACUGCUGCAAGACAGCGUGUGACUCCAAACAUGGCAGAGUUCCUCGAGGAGCUCAGGACUCGAGUUUGCGUCGGCGUGGUAGGAGGGUCGGACCUUUCUAAGAUCAAAGAGCAGUUGGGAAAUGAUGUGAUCCAUAAAGUGGACUACGUGUUUGCUGAGAACGGUCUAGUGGCGUAUAAGAAUGGACAGUUACUUUCUGUCCAGUCCAUCCAGGCCCAUAUGGGAGAAGAGCUACUCCAAGAUUUCAUCAACUUCUGUCUCAACUACAUGGCCAAGAUCAAACUGCCUAAGAAGAGGGGUACAUUCAUUGAAUUCCGUAAUGGCAUGUUAAACAUCUCCCCUAUUGGACGCAGCUGUUCACAGGAAGAGAGGAACGAGUUCUACGAGCUAGAUCAGAAAGAGAAAAUCAGAGACAAAUUUGUGUCCGUAUUAAAGGAAGAGUUCAAAGGCAAAGGAUUGUCAUUUUCAGUCGGCGGGCAGAUCAGCUUUGAUGUGUUUCCUGAUGGUUGGGAUAAGAGAUUCUGCCUGAGGUUUGUUGAGAAGGACCACUCCACCAUUCACUUCUUCGGAGACAAGACCAAACCUGGAGGAAACGACUAUGAGAUCUACAGCGACCCUCGGACCAUCGGCCAUGAGGUCUCCUGUCCAGAGGAAACGCAACAACUUUGCCAGCAGUUGUCCUUUUUAUGAGAGUGAAGCAGCAACUGUCCCUGUUCUGCCAAAAUGGCUUCUAUUAAGAGUUCCUAUUAAUCUGUCAAGAAGGCUUGCCCAUAAAAAGGACCGAUUGAAUGCAGAAAGAGACUGCGUGUUGGGUUUGGGUUUUGAGUUGGAAGACUCACUGACUAAUGAGAGGGGGAUUUUUGGUUGGGUAUUAUGUGACAACUGUCACAACUUUAAUACAUUUGAAUCCAUUACAUCAUAUUUAAUCAAUUGGUUUUAAUGAGAUGCCGGGCACCUCAUGGUAAUUUUUGAGGCAAAACAAUUACCAAUGAAAUGUUUCAAUUUAGAGACAAAUGUUCUAUAUUUAAUACACAUGAUUCUCAAAAAAUGUUUGAUUUGUCUUUUAGUGCAUUUCAUGUCAACAUCAGCUGAUUUAAAUCUGCGUUCGAUCAAAAUCCCUUGAUCUCCCUUUGCCCUUUAUCCGGUUGUCUGCCCACCUGCACCAAUGACACUAGCUGUGUCGCCAGGCUGCAUCCUUAAAGACGCAUUUGUUGACCGCAAAUGUCACUUCCACUGCGACUCGACUGCAACUCUGCUGCGCGCAUAUAUAUAUAUAUAUAUAUAAACGUGUGUGUGUGUAUGUAUUAUGAGAAAUGAAUGCCCGUAGCCAUGCACACAGAUAUGACAAACAUUACAUGUAUGCAUAGUAAUGUAAUAGCUUUUCUAUUGUCAAAAGAAAAAAAGCUAUGUUGGGUUUUGUUUUUAUAGCUGCUUUCUUCAGAUCUCAUGUGACUUUAAAAAUUCUGGGCCAUUG